AUGCAGUUCAACAUCGCCUCAGUCCUCAUCGUCAUGAGCACAUUCUCUUUGGGUGCUGCGCAUGUCAGGUUGGAAGCAACGUCUGCUGUUUGGGGGCUGAUUGCGAGGCUCAUGUGCCAGGGGGAUCCGCUGGUUCUUGCGGACACUAGAACCGCUCCUAGAACCAUUCCAAGAGCGAGGAAUCUGUUUAACGAAAACUUCAAAGAAUCAAGUCUGCCUUGCGAGAUCACCGACUCAUCAAGCUACGGCGACCAAAGAAACCUGCUCAACAGGUCUAAAACUACCACAGCUAUUUCCAAUUCAGACCACGAACACGUCACCAAGACCGUUCGGUAUCAUGUCGAUAGUGUUGUGAAAGCGGACAGCGCCCUACUCGACCUUGCUCUUACAACAACCUCCAUGCAUUCUUGGGCACAUGAGGUACGAGCGCUUUUUUUCAAGACCCGAUACGAUGUCAUAGGCAUCAUUCCGACGGAUUCUCUCGUCAAGGUCGACAUGGAGAACACCCCCGACGCGCCGGCGUUUACGGACUUUCGCCCGUUGAUCAAGGUUGAUGGAGGUCGGAGGAUUAUUGCAAAGAUUUUGCACGCUUAUGAUUGUUGGAUAAUUCAGACCACUCUGUGA